GCCUGAGUCACUUUGUGAGUGCAGCUGCAACAGGGAGGAGGCUGACUGUACGAGAACAAACAUGGCGACCGGCUAUGCGUGGUUCUUGGUGCUCGGCUCGGUUUUCCUGUGCAACCUCAUGAAGACUCUCCUGCCGAGCAUAUCAUCUUUCCUCUCAAAGAUGGUGCAGAAAGAUGCUGAGCAGGAGAGCGAGAUGAGGGCUGAAAUCCAGGAGAUGAAGAAGGAGCAGUCGUCUAUUAGCAUGAUGGAUGAGUUUGCUAGAUAUGCCAGACUGGAGCGCAAAAUCAACAAGACAACAGACAAACUGAAAACACAUGUGAAAUCACGGACAGCUCAACAAGCUAAAAUGAAAUGGGUUGUGAACAUCGUCUUUUAUAUACUCCAGGCUGCUCUGAUGAUCUCAUUGAUAUGGAAGUAUUACUCUGAUCCAGUGACUGUGGUCCCCAGUAGAUGGAUUGCCCCUGUGGAGCGCCUUGUGGCUUUCCCAACAGGAGUGGCAGGUGGAGUGGGAAUCACAUGCUGGUUGGUGGUCUGCAACAAAGUAGUUACAUUGGGUCUUAGUGCUGUCAGCUAAAGACUCCAGAUAAUGACUUUACAAGUUAAAAUUGUCGGUGUUCUACUUUUUCCCCCUCAACAUUUUUUUAAUGAUGAAAGCUACAGUUUUGUUCCAUAAUUUUUCUGUCAGCUGAUCCCGGGUCAGAAUGUAAAAAUGCAGUGCAUUUUGUUGAUUUUUCAAAUGCAACAGUAAUUUAUUAUAUAGUAACUUUUUGUCGAAAUGUGUUAUUUUUUUUAAGAUUAAUUUGUUUUAAGAUAUUUCUGUGUAUAUUCUGAUUGUGUAUUAUUUCAAAACAUACAGGUUUUGAAAUGCUGUUAUUCCCUUUAAAUAAAAGAUAACACAGGAAA